CGGGCUGAUGUGAACAGCCCGGUGCCGGGGAUGACGGACGCUUUUUGCUCGUAGACGGUGCUUCGGCCCAAGAUGGUCUAUAGCUGGUCCACCAUGGUGCCCCUGGUCUCCUUUCUCGCGGCGCUAAGGAUUUUGACCGAAGCUCAAAGUUGCAACAAUGGGGUCGGGAAGCUAGUCUACGAAAAAAUCUCCGACUACAAGCUCAGCGCCGGCUUCGGCGGCGGACGGCAACGCGUCGAACUGAUCACCCGCGCCGAGCAGCCAAUCAAGGUGUUGGAGGAGUGCGUCCGUCGCUGCCAAGAAGACCGGACGACGGCCGUGGCUCAGUGCCUGUCGUUCGACUUCAUGCCCGGACGCCGGAGACCACCGACUCCGGCGCAGUCCGCCGGCUCGGCUCCCGUGGAGUUCGAGGAGUCCGUGUGCUACCUCUACUACGACAGGGCGUCGCCCGACGGAGGAGAGACGCUCGUGCGCCAGAACAACGCCUGGCACUUCAACGAAGUCUGCCUCUCCUCCAGCAAAGUGAUCACCGAGUGCUCUAGCCGGCUGUACGUGUUCGACCGGAGCCCCGGCUACCGGAUGGAUGGCGUCGGCGACAAGGAGGUGUAUGCGACGAACCGCACCGAAUGCGAGGACAAGUGCCUCUCCGAAGCGAGCCUGGUGUGCCGGUCGGCCACCUACGACCGCGCGGGGCAGCAGUGCCGGCUUAGCCCGGAGACCCGGUACAUGAACCCCAAGGGCUUCAAGCCGGACUCCAAUGCCGAGUACAUGGAAAACCUCUGCUUGCCGAGCUCUCAGCUGUGCACCACGACGGCGUUCAUCCUGGAGGCCGGCAAGGAGCUGGACGGGGCCUUCGAGCGCGAGGUGGUCUCCACGCGUGACCUGCAGGAGUGCUCAAACUACUGCACGCGCAGCCUGUCGGAGCGGGGCUACUUCUGCCGCUCGUUCCUGUUCGACGACAAGGCGCGCACGUGCACGCUCUACGACGAGGACCCGCUGGGCUACGGCGAAGGCAGCGAGGGCCACAAGCCGCUCAAGAGCAGCACGGGCGACCUCUACCGGGUGCUGUGCGGGAGCUCCGAGCGCGACGUGCUGCUCAACAACGCCACGUUCGAGUGCUACCGGCGCAAGCGGCUGGACGGCUCGCACCAGGUGGAGGUGAAGGCGUACUCGUUCCACGAGUGCCUGGACGAGUGCAUGCGGCGCUACUCCAGGGACUGUCGCUCGGUCGAGUACUCGUCGCGCUACCAAAUGUGCCGCUUCAGCUCCUACGACGGCCAGCCCAGGCCGAACCUGAUCGACGACGACCACUACGACUUUUACGAGUUCAAGUGGUACCGGAGCGCCGGCCACGCCGGAGGCCACGGCUACGGACCUGGACUCAGCGGAGGGGGCGCGGCCGGCGGCGUUGGUGUAGCGGGAGGCGCCGUUCCUGGUUUCGGCACAGGAGGCGGCGGCUACGGUCCUCCGCCGCCGUCUCCUGGCUUCGGUGGCCACGUAGGCUCCGGCGGCCCGGGCGGCUACCACCACGGCUGGCACGGCAUACACGGUACCCACCGGGGCUACCCGUCGCCCGGCGUACCCGGAGCUGGUGGCGGCGGCUACGACCCGCCCAGCUAUCCCCACGGCCGCUGGCCUCCGACCAGCUAUCACCCACUCCCGGGCCGCGGUUCCUCGAUCGGUUCGUCGAGUGGUGGCUACGGGGCGUCCUCGGGAGGCUACGGUUCCGGAGUCUACUCCACGGGUAGCUACGGCGGCUACGGAAGCGGGUCUUGGAGCAGCGGCAGCGGUGGUUACGGCGGCACUUCCGUCGCCGGAGGGUUUUCGGGAGGCGGUUACGGGAGCGGCGGCUACGGCGCCAGUCCCUAUGGUGGAGCUCCCGGCGGAGCUCCCGCGGCAGCGGGUGGCGUGGUGCCGCCGAUCCACGGAGGUGCAGGGACGUUUCCCGCCCACCCGCCGCCUCCCCCGCCUCCCCACGUGCCCCACCAACCGCUCCCUCCCGUGGGGGGAGCGGUAGGCCCGCCGCCGCCACCGUUCGCGCCGCCGCUUCCGCCUGGCUUGGCGGAGAAGUGUAAGUUCUCGUCGGCCGUGUUCCGGCGCGUCGGCUACGGGACGAGGCUCAAGAGCUUCUACGUGAGGCGGGUGGUCCGCACCGAGCGGCUCGAAGAGUGCGAGCAGGCCUGCUCCGAAGCUCAGGACAUUCACUGCAAGUCCUUCAACUUCAGGGCAUUCUUCCCGGACAACUGUGAGCUCAGCGACUACGACUCCCGACAGCUGCAACUCAGCAACCCGUCCCACUUCGACCAGAGCACGCAGUUUGACUACUACGAACGCGACGACCUCGGACACGGCCCUGGUGGUGCGGGAGGCGACUGCUUGGACGGCAACCAGACGUGCACGCCGGAUGGGAUGGAGUUUACUCUGAGAACCGUGGACGGCUUCUACGGCCGGAUCUACACGUACGGCUUCUACGACUCGUGCUUCUACGACGGGAACGGAGGAAGCGUCAACGUGCUCAGGAUAAGCCGGGCCAAUGGGUUUCCCCGAUGCGGCACCCAGCAGUAUGGCGACGUGAUGACUAACAUCGUCGUGGUCCAGUUCAACGACUACGUGCAGACAAGCAGGGACAAGAAAUACAAUCUCACGUGCUACUUCUCGGGACCUGGCGAAGCGGUUGUGACUUCUAACUACCUGGACACAAGGACGGACGGUCGGUACCCGACGCAGAUAGAGCAUCUACCGGCCCAGAACAUCCUGACCUCGAACGUCCAGCUGCGCAUCCUGUACCGUGGCACUCCAACAACCACCAUCGCCGUAGGGGACUUGCUGACAUUCAGGCUAGAGGCAAGGGGAAAGUACCAAUUCGAUUUCUACAGCGACAUCUUUGCCGCCAACGUGAUUGCCAAGGACCCCUACUCCGGAAGACAGGUUCAUCUCAUCGAUUCCAGAGGUUGCCCCGUCGACUUGUACGUGUUUCCCGAGCUUCACAAGGCUCCAGACGGUGCGCUGGAGGCCGAGUUCUACGCCUUCAAGAUACCGGACUCAAACCUGCUCGUCUUCCAGGCGACAGUGCGGACAUGUCGCGGCCCUUGCGAGCCGGUGAUUUGCAGCGACCGUGGCCGGCCCGGCACGUUCCCUUCGUGGGGCCGCCGGAAGCGUGCCGUGCCCCAACAGCCCAGUGCGCCGGCUGCCGUCGCUCUGCCCACGAUGAAGAUGAGCAACACCACCAAGGCGGCGGCGGCGGCAGCAGUCGCGACUGACGGCGUAGGCCAGUCGCCGAAGCCCGCGAAGAACGCCACCAAGGCCACAAACUCGAGCGAAGAGGAAGCCGAGGAGGUGCACGAGCUGCUGCACGUGUAUCUCUCGCGUGCCGACAUUCCGCACGACGGCCCGUCCGCACUCUACAAGAAGCCGACAGUGUGCGUCGCCCAGUCCGGCUACUACGCCCUGGUGGUGGUACUCGCCAUCCUCAUCUGCGCGCUCGUGGGGGUUGCCAUGGGAGCCACGUUCUACGUCCGAAGGGUCAAGCUACAGGUGAAGGAGGCCCAGGCCGGACUGACUUCGCCCAGUCCGUGCAGCAUGUACGUGUCCCAGUUCCAGCCGGCUCCUCCGGUCUCCAAGUUCGAAGACCCGAGCGAACCGAUUUACACGGACCCUUCGCUGUUCGAGAGGUCCCGGUCUCUGCGAAGCCUGACCGUGUCGCACGUCGGCAAACUGAAGGGCGACUUUGACUGAUAGGCGUCGACGGCAUUUGACCGGUGUGAACGAGCUGCGUGAGCUUGACAGCUUAAUCCGACCCAACCGAGCGACGAAGGAACGAAGUCGAAAACGAACAAUGCGGGAUUGUGUUCUCGGAGAACUGGUUUCCUCUGCAGCGCGCAAAAUAUCACAGAAAAAAGUAACGAAGUGUAUGUAUAUUAAGGGAAUUUCAGUCGCCCUUGCUUUUAUUGUUAACUGACGUGCUUAUUUUGUACAAAGUAAUAUAAGUAUAUAUACAACAGGCUAAAAAAAACUAUCACAGAUGGAAGACUGUGACACGGUUCUCUCUGCACAAGUUCAGCUUGCUUCACACGGUGUUGCAUAAAAAUCACGCACUUUGUUUUUGCUCUGUUUUGUUCAGACGCUAGCAAUACAAAAUAAAAUUACGUUUAUUGAUCGAAUCACACUAAAGAAAUACUCCGAAGCAUUUUAUCAGUGCUCCAUUAUCAAAGUAGAUCCGUCAUCCCAUUAUUUGAAUAUUCCUGAUUUUUCGUAAGUGAAUAACUGUGCCGUGAAGAUAUACCUUAUAUCAUUGCAUUCCAAACCACUCCUGUGAAAGUCUAUUGAACUCUCUCGUGGCUAUCGGCGGUUAAGCCACUGUCGUCUUUCCACAGAUAUCGCAGUGUGCGGGAAGAGAGGAGAUAAACACAUAUUGUUCCCGACGAUAGUUUUAUUCCCUUGUGUUUGUCUGCUUCGGGAAAAAUGUGUUAUAGAAGUAUAAGUUAAACGUGCAAGUGAAGCCAGCGGUGAAGCUUUUGUGUAGUAAGGCGCCGUCAAUGUCACAUGACUGUAUUAUCGCACCUCGGAUAAGACUGUGCACAGCUGCCUUCUGGCUAUUCAAUUCGCGUGCAAAACUUAAGUUUGCUUGAUUUCUGUAGUGUUCAUGUUCUCUUUUGAACUGUCUGUUGCUUGGCUAAGAUACCGAGCACAAACAACCGCUGCAAAAAUAUGUGCGAGUGACAACCACUGGAAUUGGAACACAAAUGCACUGAAAUCUGUCAUACAACAAGGGAUAACGAAUGCCCCCACGACACACACGUACUCAAUCUUUCUCUUCCGUUAAAAGAAGCGUCCCGGUGGCUUGGCAUGUAGGUGGGACUCUGGCGACUUCUUCUAUUUUUUGCCAAGCCGUAUAAGCGCGCUUAGUGUCCGAAGCUGUACUUCCACUCGUCUUCCAUUUGCUAUGCUAGUGACAGUUACCAGAGGAAAGGAAUUGACGGCAGCGCUUCGGUACCACGUCUAUGGGGAGCCAGCGCUGGUACGGAGGCGUUACAGCAGUUGCGUACACUGAAAUAGGCUUACACCCUCCGGUACGGAUGCAACAAAAAUGGCACCACAUUAGAGAGUUUUAGUUUAGGGGACGCAACCGGCUAGCGUACGCAAUAUCUAGGGGCCAGGGUAUUGCGCAUGACGCAUAUGCGACUGAAGUGUUGAGUCCAACAUCUCCCAUUUUCGGGACAUAUCAAACUCUAUUUCUGAAGCUCUAUUUUGCGCGAUAACACACGUGUGCGAAGGAGCGCACGCGCUCCUACGCUCAAGCACGCUGGCGCCCAAUCAGGUUGGAAGAUGGCCACACCUGCCACAAGACCCCCCCCCCCCCCCCCCUUCCCCCCAUGGGCUACUGAAAAAUAUUUCCUCCACUUGCUAGGCUGUGUGUUACGGCGCUGCUGUCGACGCGCGAAGUUUGAGCGCUGGUUGUUGAUAUUAUCCUGGCUGUCUCACUUCUUAUGUUAAACUUGCGGCGCAGAAGGAUCUCGACAACGUGUGGGCACUCGUGAAAGCGUCUCGUGACUGGAUAAAUAGAACGAGAUGGGAAUGCGGGCGUGAGGGGCAGACAUAACGUUCGGACGACACAGCCUCUGAUUAUGCAUGCGUGCGUUGUUUCUACACGCGAUAAGAUAGCUCGUUCAAAUAGCACGUGCGUUUAUUCCGUCCUUGACAUUUAUUCAGUUUAGCUUGCUAUCUAAGUUGCGUUAAGAGGGGGAGAGAUAAAGCUGGUGCGUAGCCUACAUGCGAAAUAUUUCCAUAUGCGACAGAAAUUGUGGAGUCCAACAACUCCCAUUUUCGAGACAUCUCAAGAUAGUUAUGUUUGUCGUCUUCAAGACGUUUUCCGCACUCUCAGCCGGUUCUCUCUCUCUCUCUCUUUUUCUCACCGCUGGCAAUAUGUUUCCCAGUUCUGCGUACUAAGAGCCGGGCGUUGGCUGGCUUCUAACAAGUCGCUGUUUUUAUACAUCAGGUAUUUUUUUUCUUAAAAUAAUUAUGGCCUUCUGCAUAUUUUGACAUCCUUAAUUGAGUCCGUCUGCUUCGUGACCUCUUGAGAUGGCCUGGAAUGUCACACUCUUGUGAAUACGUCUUGCCCGUUGGAAACGCGAAGAGCACAAUGUGCCAUGCGAAGCAAAACUGAGUACGGCGACAGCAUUUCGAUUUGUUUUUCACCGAUGUCUUAAACACAAUUAGUGCCGUCUCUCAAUACGUGCAUUGAUAUUUUCCCUGCGUAUUGUCAAAUCAAUUUCUAUCGAGCUGGAUUUUCAAAGAAACUGACGAAGCAACUUAUGCGCCUUGGCUUACUUCUGUUCUGUAAAUACCUUAUGCGAGCGAUGCACUCACACCGCGGCGACCUCUGAAGGCACUUUAUCAGCGCGCUUCAAGGCGAACUGAUGACAAUUUUAAUAGAGGUGACAACGGAAAGAAGCACUGCGCACGCCCCAUGAAGAGCUUGAAGCAGUUGGCUCUGGACAGUAUGUAAUUAGGAGGAACGCGCGGUUGGUCGCUCAUCAUUAAUUUACGCGCAUUCAUCCCUAUAUUUACAAACCUGUGAUGUAGAUCGGUGGGAGUAACCAGGAUCGGUAUAACGUAGGGAUGCCGUAACGCGAUUCGAUGCCUUUCUCAGCAUCUACCGUUCAUGAGCGGCCAAUCACGGAGAUAACGUAAGCAGAGCGCAGCUCAUACCACUGUUGAACUACUAAGGACGUAAAAGAAUAGCAUUGAAAUAGAAUCGCUAUAACAGACCAGACGUUAUUUGGCGUUUCUCGACCGAAUUUCGUUGUACACUAGAUAAGGGCUAGAAUACUCACCGGUGACAGGCCAUAAAUCUCGGUAUCGAAAUAUCUCACUUAUUACCUUCCCAUAACCACGUGACCAGGUUAGCGGUGAAUGAUGUCCGUUAUCAACGUUGCACUGCAAGGGCUAGCGCUUUUUCACGUGUUUUGCUUUAUCACGCUAUCGCUCGUAAUUGCAACCGGAAAUUGCCCAGAGUGUGUCCUAGAUUAUGUGCUACAGCAUGCUUCAUUUUGUAGCGGCCAGUGCAAUGUUUUAAUCGAAGAUAAUAUAUACGAACAUCAAACGUUUUGCCUUGCUGUGCGCGUAGUUAAAGCUCAGCCCGUCUUGAGUCUUCACUUUUACGCAAGCGCUGUGACAUUUUGUUGAUGUAACCGAAUAAAUGCCGUGGAUAAGA